UUUGGCUUGCUGGCUGCUUGCCUUUUCGUCUCCCCCGCGAUAUCAUAAUCUAAAUACCCCCGAGUAGUCUCAACGACCCUCGAGCUUAUCGUACUUCCUUAGUAUCAUCGUCUCUGGAAGUCAAUCGUUCUUGUCGUCGCCUACCCCGACGACCCGACCCGGCCGUUGAUAACUUUCUUUGAUACUGACAAGGAAACUCACAAUGUCAACGGCAGCAAAACCAGCAAUGACAACCGCCGUAAAGAGGGCCUGCGAUGGCUGCCAUCGUCGCAAGGUCAAGUGUGAUAGUGGUAUCACCUGUCGCAACUGUGCAACUGCUGGUAUCGAAUGCACAUAUCUCGCUAUUCCUCAGAAGAAAGGUCCCAAGGGUUCUCGCGCAAAAGUAAUCACCGAAUUGAGAGACAACCAACGUCAGGCCAGUCUUGCUGCCAAGGUGCAAAACAGACUCGCUGGACAACCCGUUGACCUUACCAUUCCUGCUCUCAACCCUACGGCUGGCAUGUUGUCCAAUGACCUGAUCAAGGCUUGUGUCAACUACUAUUUCGAAAAUGCUUACUCGACACUGCCUUUCCUCGACCGAAACCAAAUCGAACACAUGAUGCUAAAUAUGGAAAGUGGCCGCGACAGGUACUGUCUCUUUGCAGCUCUCUGCGCAUAUGUAGUACUUCAGCCCGGUAUGAUCCUGCCAACUUCAUCGGCAGAAGAGUCCUUCAACCUUCAGCAGCAUCCCGGCGCCAACAUCGCCGCAAGCAAUUUGCUUCUUGAGGAGUGCCUACGCGUUCGAAAGGGCUCCGAUUACUUUGAGACACCGAACUUCAAUAUUAUGGUCACAAACAUUUUCAUCUACUCCUGCAUCAAGAUAGUCGACGGACCAGACAGAGCGUGGUACUACCUACGAGAGGCCACAACUAUGGCUCUCCUUACAAACAUGGACAAGGAAGAAAACUAUGCCCAGUUUCCUCAAACUGAGGCUGUCCGAAGACGCCGAUUUUUCUGGUUCUUGUUCGCCACUGAGCGCGUCUACUUUUUCAACCGCCGUCGCCCCUUGUCCCUUUAUGCGACAAUCGCACCUAGCCAGAUGCACGACGACCCCAAUGAUGCCUUGUAUCCCGAGCUUCACGCCUUUUUCAUCAUGUGCAACAUCUUCCGACCUAUGGACGACUCUUUCCUGGCCGCUUGGAGAAAUGGUUGCGACCAUCUCGACUGUCAUCAAAUUACUGGUCUAAAGAAUCACCUCAAGGAGUCGCAAGCCACGAACCCCUUCCAUCCCGAGAAUGCCUAUAUGGCCAGUCAACAAUUCCUCAACAAUGCAAUCUGGCAGCUCAACAAUACCCAAAGUCAAUACCACGGCGAUCUCGCACGACAAAUGACCAGCAAGAUGGCUUCUUCUUUCGCGGGCCAGCCACUUGAGCUUGCAAAGUCCUGCUUGUUCCCCAAGCUACUCGAGAUCUGUCUCAACUUGACUACCUAUUUGGCUAACCUGCCUCCGGAUCGACACCCAUUGGCGGUGGGCCCUCACCAGUGGCUCCAGGAUCUCCUCGCCUCUCUUGACCCUGCCCGAAAUGGCGACUUUGCAUUCACUCCUCUCUUGUUGGCGAAGGUCAACGAGAUUCUUCCACGUCUGGCCGACCCACUACUGCGAAACGCCCCAGAGAACGGCUCUUUCCAAAUGUCUGCUGACAUAUUCGACGGUUUUGGUAAUGCCGGUAUGGCCAGCAUGCCACAAAUGAAUGAUUACAACCAAGGCAUGGUCGUCGACGAGAAUGAGACCAAGUACGAUUUGAGUGGCAGUAGUCCUGACACAAUCCCCAACUCCAAUUACUCGAAUGGUACGCCCCCUGGUACGCAACCAGGCAGUGACAUCGCUUCAGCAUUUGUCGGCUCACCUGCUAAUGUCAUGUCCCCUGGCAUCGAUUACAAUGUCGGCAACGUGGGCAUGAGCGGUUUUGACAUGUCUGAAAUGGGCAUGAAUUCAUUCACAGCCUCUCAGCCUAAUCCACUGAGCAACAUACAACAUCAACAGCGUGUUGGAAGUCAACCGCCCUUACAGGGUAUACAGAACCAAAAUGUCAACAGUUCAGCCAUGAACCCAACAAUAAACCAAAUAUAUGGUAUACAACAACCCCAGCGGCAGAAUAGCUAUCAGAUGCAAAACCAGCCCCCUUUGUCGCAAAUGGGGUCAAUGCCUGACAUGGACUUUUCGAUGCGAUAAUUACACCAAAAUUAAAAACAUAUCUUGUUUGGGCCUAGAUGCCUGGGCAAGCGCUGUAUGCAUUUUUCGUUGUCUUCUCUGGAAUUACUAUGACAUGGGCGCACAACACAGCGCUUCUUUUACCUUGCGUUGUAUCUAUCUUGCGAGCAAGUUUCUGCGGAUCAAACGGAAAUCGGAGGUUGGCGCUUUGGAGUUUUGGAUCACCUGUCUUUCACAAGAUAAAGGCUGAGGAUCAUGUUAUGCUUGUUAUGUUGUCAAGUGACUUGAAUCGGGGAUCCCUGAAAACAAAUGUUAGGUUACGGAUGGCUCUACAUUUAUGGUGUUAUGCACAUUCUUCACUUUGUGGUUAUAGAAUUAUGAAUCAAAACUUUACUCUAUUCAAUUAAUCUUGAACUUCUC